AUGGCCACCGAGUGCAAGACCUGUGAGGUGGAAAUCACUGGGAUCGAGAAGAUGGUCUGCCGUAGCUGCGCCUCGGCAUUUCACCGGUCGUGUAUCGACGGCCUCAAUCGUACCGCAUUUGAGGCCAUCGGAAAGUUCCAAAAAAACUGUUACUGGCUUUGUGAUGGCUGCGCAGGUCGUUUCGACCAAUUCGUACAGUCGAUGGAUGUUGAUGAAGAUUCGGGUCAAGCGACUGACGUCGCUAAGCUGAGUGAAGCGGUUGACAAGCUCAGCGGUAUCGUGACCGAGCUCUCCGGUCAGCUGAAGGAAAAGAAGGUUGAGCAGAGUUACGCAAACGUCGUUUACCCGGGCUCAAAACGCGAACGAGAAGACGACGAAGAAAAGGAACCUCCGGCGAAGGUCAAACCAGUCUGCGGAACGCGCACGAUCCAGCACCAGAUCAAAACAGUGGUCAGUGAAAGGGAUUUGUUCUGGGUGUACCUUGGUCGUCUAGAUCCCUGUCAUACCGACUUGGAAAUCGCCGAAAUGACCCAGGAAUGUCUUGAGCUCUCUGAGCUACCCAAAGUGCGGAGACUCGUGAAAAAAGACGCAGACAUCUCCAAGUUGUCCGUCGUGUCGUAUCGAGUGCUGCUCCCAGACGACUUGCGGGAUGUCGCACUUCAAGCGGAUACUUGGCCAACGGGAGUUGCGGUUCGGGAGUUUGACUUCGAUCUAGGACGGUCUCCUAGAUUUCGCCGAUUGUGA